UUUUACUACUUGAGCAAAAUACUUUAAAGACGAGUUAACAUCGUUAUAGGUUGAACAACAACAACAAAAAAUACAGAUAUUUACCAUACGCCUCCUUCUUUCAAACGCCCUUCAAAUAGACAUCCCCCAAAUAGUCAAAAAAUUAAAUAAAACGCGCAAACGUUUAUUCGAAGCAAAACGUCAACAGUUUCUUUUAGAGAAAACAGGAGAGCCUCGGCUUUGAGUAAGAAUUCUUUUUUGGAAAAGGAAAUUGGGCGGGGAUGGCGCGGCGUGUUUAGGCGGAAAAUAUUAUCAUGCUGAAGGUGAUUGAUCUCUUGCGCAAAGAUCAUAUUUUUACGGAAAGAAUAAUCGUAAGAAAGUAAAAAAAUACAAAAAGCCACAUACAAAACAACACAGAAACAGCAUUCAUGUCAAUAUCAUUUAAUGGGACCAAAGAAAAGAGCUACCCAUAUUUGGAUUCCAAACUCUUCAAAACCACAGCACAAGAUUGGAUCUACACCAAAAAAGUUUUUACUGAUUCUUGUUCUAACUAGUUUAUUUUGGAUAUCGUUAGAUAUUCUUUUUUUAUUUUAUCAGCAAGCGUUGAUGAUUGAUUUGGAUAUCGUCGUUAUAAAUGGCCGCUCAAUCAAGAACAGCGAAACCUUUACGCCACCAAGCCCACAUCUGGCCAAUUUUGUUCCCGUUCCAUUAGCUGCUGGCUACAUGAACAACAAUUGGGACCCACAUUCUAAUGCCCUUGCUGAAAUUUACCCCGAAUUAGUUAUACCUGCUUUAGGAACAAACGGACUUCCAGCAAAGUUACCAGUACACCUAAAGUCGCUUUCCGCUUCUCUUUUUAAUAAACAUUCAUUUGAUUCAGUGCUUAGUGACAGGAUCUCUCUUAACAGAAAAUUAAAAGAUCCUCGAGGAGACAAGUGCGUCAAAGAGCAUGAAAAAUACCCGAAGGAUCUUUCAACAACCACCGUGAUUAUUUGUUUCCACAAUGAAGCUGUUUCUGUUCUUCUCCGCACCGUUCAUAGCGUCAUCAACAGAACACCAGCGCAUCUACUAUCUGAAAUCAUUCUGAUUGACGAUGCAAGCACAACGAAAACAACAAGAAGGAUGGUGACUGCUCAUCUGCAUAAAAUUAACGUCAACGAAACGAAGAAAAUCAUUCUGAUAGAUAACGAACAACGGGAGGGUUUAGUUCGGUCACGGUUAAAAGGAGCAAAGAGAGCAACUGGAGCGGUACUGACAUUUUUGGAUUCACAUUGUGAAGUAACUGACGGUUGGAUAGAGCCAUUGUUGAGUAGAAUCAAAGAAAACAAGAAGAAUGUUGUAUGUCCUGUGAUUGAGGUGAUCGAUCCUGAAGAUUUUUCAUAUAAAGGAGCAAAGCUUGAACAAAUCAAUCAAGUAGGCGGUUUUACUUGGGAUCUGUUUUUUAACUGGAAAGAACUACCAAAAGAAGAGAAGAAAAAAAGAAAAAAAGGGAUUGAACCUUUAAAAUCACCUACGAUGGCCGGCGGAUUAUUUUCCAUUGAUAGAUCGUAUUUUUACGAGAUUGGAAGUUAUGAUGAACAAAUGGAUAUAUGGGGCAGCGAAAAUUUAGAAAUGUCAUUCAGGAUUUGGAUGUGCGGUGGGAGGCUGGAGAUCAUUCCAUGCUCAAGAGUAGGGCACAUCUUCCGCAAAGAAAACUCACCCUACACUUUUCCAAACGGUGUGUCAAAAACACUUGCUAAAAAUUCCAACAGGCUGGCUGAGGUGUGGAUGGACGAUUAUAAGGAGUUACACUAUAGACGAAAAUCGCCUGAGGAUAGAAAAGUUGAGAUUGGUGAUCUUACCUCCCGCAAAGCUUUGCGCAAAUCACUUGGUUGCAAAACUUUUAAAUGGUACUUAGAUAACAUUAUACCUGACAUGGUUGGUGCAGAUCCUAACCCACCUGCACACGGACAGCUCCAGAAUAACUUCUCGUCCAUGUGUUUGGAUUCAAUGGGAAAAGUAGAAAGUGAAUCAAAAGUGAAAGUAUUUCCUUGUCACGGCUUAGGUGGAAAUCAGUUUUUCGUUUUAUCAAAACGAGGCGAAAUAGUAUUCAAGGACGAACAUUGUCUUGAUUACUCAACUGGUGAUGAAGAAAAAAAAGUAGAGUUGUGGAAGUGUCACGGCAUGAAAGGUAAUCAAGAAUGGAGACACAAUAACAAAACAAGUACUAUUAAGCACGUGUUUACCAAUAAAUGUUUGAUCAUCACCGAAGAUGACUAUCUUACGGUAACCGAUUGUAACAAGGAAGACAGACAACAACUAUGGAGAUUCAGUAAUUACCAAAAGAAACUUUGGUGAAUAUGGCAAACACGUGAUGCAAAAAAAAGGCGAAAUGUAUGAAGACCAACACGUGAUAUAACUGAUCAAAAUGUGAUAUGGCGAGCAACAUAAGAUAAAACGAUCAAUAUGAGAUAUUAACGACAGUGAUAUGAAAUACCAACAUGUGAUAUUAACGAUCAAUAUGCGAUAUGAAAGACCAACAUGCAAUAUUAAUUCUUAACAAGUGAUAUCAACAAUCAUAUGAUAUUAACGAGAACUACCAACAUUCGAUACGAACGAACGACAUGUAGUACUGUGGUAAUAUGUAGAAGAAUUCUUUUUGAAACAAAAAGUACGUCAAACAAGAUGAGAAAGAUAUUAUUGGGUGGACACUUUUGAGUUGAGAUAACAAAGUAAAAAAUAAAAUCCCAUUAUAGAACAUUUUAGAUUUAACAUUACGCAGAAUAACAAAAAUUUUGUAUUUUUGCGCGAGUAAUUUUUGCGGAUAAAAACAAGUAGUCAAUGAACUUAUUUUUGCAGCUUAUAAACAUUUACUACUUGAAAUAAUAGCAGACGUCAAUUUUUUAAAUUUAUUCAUUGGAUUAAACUUCUUGAAAAACCUAUAGGACAUGGUUCUAGCUUAUGUAAGACAUGUCAUAGUUUAAAAAAUUUUACUUGUAACUGUGCACAGCAGAGCUACCUGUAAAUAAGAUUAAAAUCAAUGCUCUUCUUGUUCGUAUAAAAAAGUAACUUGUAAAUUUUUUGAAAGAUUUAAACACUAUAUUUUAAAACCAAACUUUCGUUAAAAGCAAAGCAAAUUAAUAUGUACACCUAAAAAAGCAGUGAUAAAGAAAAUGUAAUCUCUCAUAUUGACAAACAUAAUCGAUGCAAAUGUAUUGCCUAUGGCAGAUCGAUGCAAUCCUAUAUGGCGAAACCUUGACUUGUACUUUAAGGAUACCAACGACCAUCUGCCUUGGGAAGGAGGGGAGGGACGGGGAAUCAUGUCAGUUACGUGUGAAAGUUCUUUAUAAGGCGAUGUGUCAUACAAAUAACAACAUUCCUGAUGACUUCUCCAAAAAGUAAAGCAAUUUUAAGUAUAUGCCAAAGUAUUGUUUGAGCGCCCUAUUUUUUUACAGGAUGCAACAAUUUUAUCCAAGUUUGUUAUUUAUAAUUUAUAUCCACGCUAGAGAUCUUAAAAAAGCCUUGACUUAUUUCUGUUUGUAUUCUUUGUUAUUUUAAUUUGGACUUAUACAGUAAGCACAUCAGGUAAUAGAAUGAAUGAUGAACCAAACUACAAUCCUGAACUACGUUAAAAUUUAAGCUCGACGAAGCUUUCCCGCAAAUAUAAUGGGGUUUGUAUGCAAAAGAUUUCCAUGGUGAUAAUCGCAUAUUUUGUAAACAUACCGUAAUUCCUCUUUUUAGCCCCUUCCUUUUAUUUAGUCCCCCCCCCCUUUCCAGCGACUCAAAAAGUUAUUUAUUCCUCUGUAAAGAUUAAUACUCUGAUUACAAUUUUU